AAGCAGUUUAUGCUAAUUUGUCAACAUGAGAGGAAAUCCUCCUUAGAGUCGUGUUUGGGAGAGCUAGACAGAGCUACAUGGGAAGCUAUUAGAUAACCAAUUCUCCUGUCAGCCACCUCACAGUGGGAGAGAGAGAGAGCGAGAGAGGGGGAAGUUAGAGGGAGUUCUUGCAAUGGUGGACACACAGGAAUUCCAUUCAAACCCAGCCCUGCAAGGUGCUUCCUGUUCACUGCCGCAUGUUAGGCUCACGCAGGGAACAGUCUGUUUCCAGUGGUUUUGGCAAGGAGCCUCCUGGGUUUUCUUAGAUGAAAGAAAGUCACACAGGUUUGAAAUGACGGCCCAGUGUUCCUCCAGUCCUGUUCCAUUCAGUCACUGGCUAAACCAAUAAGAAAUAGUGGAGUAUGUUGUAACACUGCAUGGGAACACGAAAUAAGAUGUUUUGAAGAAAGUUGGUAACCGAACAGCGGCAGCACCCAUUCACUUCUAUUUUAUGGACACAAAAGCAACUUGCAAAAAUGGCAUACAGGAAGGUGCGUGCUGGCCAUGGACCUCUCCAUGUGCGGGAUCUGGAGAGUGAGGAGCUGCAUGCCGCCUCUCUAGAAAUGGAAUGGGACAUGGAGAAGGAACUGGAGGAACCAGGUUUGGACCGAUUUCAGCUGGAAUGUGUGGAGCAUCAACCAGUAAGCAGCUCCUCCGGCGGGGGCAUGGACCCGGACCUGGAAUCAAUUCAACCCUCCGCAUCUCCCCACGGACGCUUUGAACGCCUACAGGAGGAUCCUAAUUACGUGUCUCGCUUCAGUCGGGCGGUACCUAAGGGUCAGAGGCGGAGUGGGACCUGUCUGGCCAAAUACCUGCUAGCAGGGCUGGCCGUGUUUGUUUCGGGGCUGCUCAUUGGACGAUACGCCUUUAACAAGAAGCAAGUGGUGGUAGAGCAAAGUGCAGACACAGAUGUACUGGAGAUGAUGGUUCAGGGAAUCACAGCAGAGAAGAUACAAGAACAGCAGAGGUACCUUGACAGCUUGUCUGGUCUCAAAGAGGUGCCCAAGGUGAAGUACAUCGCUCAGCGGUGGGAGGGGCUUGGGCUGAAAGACGUCCAGGUGACCAAUCACACGGCGCUUCUGAGCUGUCCUGGACCCGCCCUCAGCAGGAUUAUUAUUAAGAGCAGUAACCAGUGUUACGUGCCCAGCGGAGCGAGGUGUGACCAACCAUCCACAGCUACGACGGAACCGUUUGGCUUUGCUGCAUAUUCGGCUGUGGGAAGUCUAGAGGCAGAGGUUGUGGAUGUUCAGUAUGGAAGCCCAGAAGAUUUGAGACGUGCUCAAAACGUGAGCAAUAAAAUUGCGCUGAUGAAACUGGGACAAGCACCUUUAAUCUAUAAGCUCUCUCUCCUGGAGGAGCUGGGGUUUGGUGGUUCUCUUCUGUAUGUAGAUCCCUGUGAUAGUUCCUUUGGAAAUAAAACCUUUGGCGUGACGCUGAACCCAGGUGGGAAUCCAUCGUCUCAAGAAGCCCCCAGAACCACUGGAAGAGAUGACCGGCAUCACCUAACAUCACUGCUGGUGCAGCCCAUCUCUGCCUCCUUAGCAAAACUGCUGCUCUCUGCCCCUGCUAUGGGGCAGGGGAGACCCUGCGUCCCUAUGGCCAUGCACUCAGCCUCAGUGAGAACAAUUAUCAAUCUUACCAUUGAAAACCAGGCAGCCUUCAAGACAGUGCAAAAUGUCAUCGGAUUUCUCAAAGGCAAGACUAAUCCAGAUCGAUAUGUACUGGCUGGCAGUCGUCAUGGCAGCUGGUACGAGGGUGCGUUGGCGGACUGGGGGAACGGCGCAGCAGUCAUGACUCAGAUCAUCGUUUCUAUGAUGGCUCAAGUCCGCGCGGGCUGGCAGCCCGACCGCACCAUCGUCUUCUGCUCUUGGGGAGGAACCUCACUGGGCAACAUCGGCUCCUUUGAAUGGGGAAAGGAGAAUGCCGUGGUGCUCCAGAGCAGAGCCGUGGCCUAUGUCAGCCUCCACAGUCCAGUCAGAACCACCGGCUCCCUGCAGUCUAUAGCAUCACCUUCCCUUCAGCAACUGGCAUCUGACAUCCAGAAGAAACACUUGGUGAGUUGCAGUGGAGGUGGUGGUUGUCCUGGGCCAAAUGUUAGCUCACUGCAGACACCUGGAGAUACAAGCUUCUUCUCCAACCAGCUUGCUAUCCCUACAGUGGAGUACACAUACUCGGAUAUCCCAAAAACAGAGAGAGGGUAUUUUCUCACUGAGGCCUUUUACCCUCCCGAGUCUUCAUUAAGAGAAACCUUGGAUCCAGCAUUCAAACUCCACGAGACUAUUGCCAAGAUAACAGCUGAGGCCAUCCUGAGACUCGCUACCGAUCCUGUUCUUCCAUUUUACCCUUUGGAUAUUGCUCUGGAUGUUCAGAACAAACUCAAAGAUGACCCUUUGAGCCAGCAGGACCUGGUGAAUGUGGCCGCCUCUCUGAGGGACAGCUCAGCCUUCUUCCAAUCUGAGAUCAUGCGUCCUGCCAAUGACCCCAAAGAGAGAGAUCCGGCCCACGUACGCAUGCUCAACGACGUCCUACGAGAUCUAGAAAAAAGCUUCCUUAUACCAAACCCACCGCCUGGCUUGUACAGGAAUAUUCUUUACGGUUUGAGCAAACAAACUCCAUGCUUCUCUAUCUCAAAGGAUGCUCAGGAGGUUCCCUGGCACAGCAUCAAUCGGUCCCAGGAACUGGUGUCUUACACCAUCAGAUCGGCUGAGAAAGUUGUACAAAGUGGAAUUGACCUCUUUGAGAAUGACAACGAAACCCCAUUAUAACAUCUUGAAAGAAACCUCUCCUCAUGGUGUCUCUAUACGGAACAGACUGUGGGAUCUACUGGUCGACACAGAAAUUAGCACGCAAGGCGCUUUGAAAAAUCUAAGAACAUCUCGGGCUCAUAUACGUGCACUAUAAGGUCAUGUGACCUGAUAUCCAAAUUAUGUUUGUCAGGCAAAUGCUAAGUUAUUGGUUUUCCCCUCUAAUAAUGUUGGAAAGAGGCCUUCGGUUUUUAUAGUUGGCUGGAAAUAUUGCUGAGAAAAAAGCUAGGAGCAAUCCAAGACAUUUUGUUCUCAACAAAAACACCAGCACUAAUGUUUCCUAUGUCAUAUAAAAGAAACAUUUGAUGUUUGCAACAGGUUUUAAGAUACUUUUAAGAUAUGUUUUAUUUGCUUAGCAAUACUAAUGGAGGUCCACCAUCUUAAGGACGGCAGAAGAAGUCAUGGAGGUCAGAAAUUGACAGCUAAACCAGGUGCAAGACGACCACCUCAAAACAAUGACCUUGUGAAAUUUCAUUUUGGUGGUCUUCCUGUGAGUUGCAAUCAACGUGGAGUCAGACUUCACAAUGCAAGGUCACGAGUGAGUGGAAAGAAAGAAAGCACAACUUGUGCCAGUUUCUCAGGGGCUUGUGUUUCACAAAUCUGUAGAAUAAGACUAAUGAAAAAAAAUUCAGUGUUCCAGAAAUGCAGAUAUGUAUUUUAGCUUUUCGAUAGAAAAACAAUGACAUUUUAAAACAAAUGUUAAGACACGUCAAAGUGAGAGCUUCAGGUUAAUUUUUUUGCUAAUAAAAAUGCACUGGCAGUACAGUAGAGUUGAGUAGAAAUAGAUCUGAAUGAAAUGUGAAUGAAAAUAGUCAUAGAACAGGAUUAGGGUUCGUUUAUAUGUUCAUAAGGCAAGAAGAGCGUGAAUGCGAAUGAAGUCUUCAUGGGGUGGUUAUUGUAUUGCUAAUGUUGUUCUCAUUAGGUGACAAUCCACCAAUGAAAAGCCAGGAUGUAGGUUGGCCUCCCUAAAUGGUUCAAACUGGUUCAAACCCAUAAAUUCUGUCAUCAUUUACUAGUUCAAACGUGUAUGACUUUCUUUCUUCUGCAGAACACAAAACAAGACAUUUUGAAGAAAGUUGGUAACCGGACAGCGUUGGCACCCAUUGACUUCUAUUGUAUAGCCACAAAACCAAUGCAAGUGAACAACAUUCUUCAAAAUAUCUUCUUUUGUGUAAGGAAGGAAAUCAAGAAAGGAAAUCAAACGGGCUUGAAAUGACAAGAGGGUGCGUAAAUAAUGACAGAAUUUUAAUUUUGAGUGAACUAUCACUUUAAUGACAGUGCAGGUUUGUGAUGUAAUAGGCUCAUGACAUUGUUCAAGUUACAGCUCAUAAACAAUGUCUUAAAAUUGAUUUUAGUAACCAGUGUACUUGUUCUCAGCAUUUGCACUAAUGCCGUUUCUCUAGUACAUUUGUGGAUGGAAAUAAGAGUUUUGAGAGUUGCAAUUAAUAACACCCCUUUUACUUUAGAUACUUCACUUGCCUUUUAAAUAUGAAAACAGCUCAAUUAGAAACACAAGAUUCAGGGAAUCCAGUUUGAGCUUUAAUUUAUUUAUGUGCCUUCGAGUGAGUCAUACAUUCUUUUAGAGAAGCAAUUUGCACUCAAAGAUACAAAUACCAAACAUUUACCAAAAUAUAUUGUACUGUGGUAGUGCUUAUUUUUAAAUGUCUGUGGAGUUAACAGCAAACUUUUUGUUAAAGGCUUUGUUUAUUUUUUAGAUAUGGUUGAGCUGUUAUUAUUUUAUUUCACUCCUUGACAUGUUUUUGGGACUCAAAGCACAAUUCUGCAUGUCUACCAUUUAAAACUGUAUAUCAUUUCUACAUUUACUGAACAGAGUGAGCCUUCUAUUAAACAAACGAAUUAACAAACCAUAAAUACACACUGCAUUUGCACAUUAGGAAAAAUGCCGUGGACCUUCUACUGUAAGCUUUCUAAAUCCAGCUCCUUUUGCAUUGCACUAUAUGAACUGUUAAACUCUUACCCUGCCUGUGUGUUUUAAUGUAUUUAUUUAUAUUAUUUGCUAAAUGUAAAUACUAAUAAUUUUAUCUAGGUCAUUUUUCAAGAUAAUUUUCAGGUUAAGUCUUGAAUUGCAAGCAUUUAUAUUGUGAAGCAUUUGUACUGUAUACAUUUUAUUUCAUGUGAAAUCUGCAGCUCCAAGUUGCACGUGAUUUUUAGUUUUUUUUUAAUAUAUUAGAAUAGAAAUCAGAUUUGUUUAGCUUUAGAGUUAAAUUAGAGUAGAGCAGACAUAGAACAGACUCUAAUGGUCUAAAUAAUUUUCUUGGCAACUAAAAUUGCACAGACCGUUGUUUCUCAGUGUUAUAACACAAGAGAAGCGCUAUAAAUACAUGCAAACAAGCAUAGUAUCUUAGAUACUACUGCCCGGUUUUACAGACAAGGCUUAAGACUGGUCCCAGACUAAAAUGAAUGUUUGAGCUGUCUUAACUGAAAACAAAUUGCCCUGUCAUAUCUUUAAAUCUUUCAAUGCCAUUGUUAGAUGCACACCAGUAAUGUUUUUAUCCAAGGCAUUUUAUUAAAAGCGACUUAAAUAUCCUAAUUUAACUAGGGCAUAGCCCUGACUCCUGGCUUAAGCUAAGCCUUGUCUGUGAAACCGGGCCUAGGUCUGUAAACAGUUUUUCGCAGUACUGGUCAGAUACGGCCAUCACUUUAUACAGAAUGGAUGUUCACGUAAUUGCAGUGCAUGCUAAAAGCAUUAUUUUCUAUAUACAGUAAAAAAACUCAAAGAACUGUGGAGAUGAAGACCUUCUGCUGGACCAUAAUUCAUUUCGGUGUGUUUGAUGACACGUAAAUGACAUUUUAGUGCAUUCAUUGUACUACACUAAAUGACUACACAGGUUGAAUCCAGAUUUCUUUUUACACCCAGUGGGGCAUUAAAUAUAAUUGCUUUGUCUUUAGUUUGAUGUCUUGUGGACCCACAUGGGUCAGAAAGCACUUAAUGGAUGGACAAUAUGAACACUCUGCAGCUGUUUAAAUGGGUGGAAGGUUUUAUUUAAUUCACAGUAUGCUGGAGAAAGGAUUUUUUAAAGAGAGGUGAUAUAAUUUGAUAUUCAAAAUGCACUUAAGUGGAAUAAGGGUAGAGAAUGCAUGUUUUUUUUUCCUCUGCUGAAUUUGUAUGUAACUGAACACAAACAAGUCCUGAGGCAAUAAAUACCAGUGCAAGAAUAACAGCUGUUUGAUCAUCAAGCUUCUUUCAUUUCUGCUUUAAAGACAGUGUCAUGCCACAAGCCUAUAAAUUGUAUAAUUUCCCUUUUUUGGUCAAUGUUUAACAAGUGAUUAUGACAUUUUAACAUGCUGGUUUCUGGCCAUUUUAAAGUGCUUAAUUCAUAUACAUAUUUAAUUGUUUGAUCAAAAUGUAUUGCUUUGCAGCUGCUCUGUCAUUUUCAUGCACAUAUAAUAAACGCAUGUUAUUGU